GGCGCGCGGUGCGUGCGGGGCUCCGGGAGCGUCGCCCGAAUCGCGGUUGGCGGGGGCGGCCGGGCGGGUCGGCGGGUCGGCGGAGCGAGGAACGGGAUGAGCCGCAGGGACCCGCGGUGCUGCGUUUGCGGUGCGGUGUAGCGCACGGCCGCGACGCCUCGGGUGAGUUAACGGGGCCGCGGGGGGACGAGGGGCGGCUGUGAGCGGCGGCGCUGCUUUCGCCCCUGCUACUGGCGGCCCCGAGCGGGAGGCGAGGCGCUGAGCGCCGGCGUUGGGCGUGCCGGGAUCCCUGGGAGCUGCGGGACUCUGAGGCGCGGGGGAGCGGGCGUCCGUUGCUGGUAUCGAUGCCGGCGAUGUUCAGUACAUCUGGAGCUUUCAGUCGGUCAGUAUCUCUCGCGGCUGGGUUACGGUGCCUCUGCCAGCCAAAAUGUGCCGGGUUGGCACGGAGGGAGGGGAAAGAAAGGUUAAAAUGCAGAGAAAACAGAAAGGUGCGACGUGAAAUAGAGCGGAUGAGUUUAGGGCUUUUCCUCCUGUCCUGUGGAUCAGGCCGUAAGAUGGGAAUAGUUUCUGGGGGGGGAAUCUCCUAUAGCAGAAGUCCCCAGCAGAGUUCAACCUCUGUUUUGAUCAGUGAUCAGCUGGAUUGGAGUCAGUCUCACAAAGAUCUGAUGGUGAUGAUCCAAGAAAUCAAGAAGUGUUUGCCUGAAGAGAAAAGGAGUUCCAGCAAGCCCAGCACCAUCAGUGCUCUCAAUUAUGCUUUACGGUGUGUACAGCAGGUGCGAGCAAACAAUGAGUUUUUCCAGGCUCUUGGUGACCGAAGAGUGUUCCAGACGGAUGUAGUGACAUACAGCAUAGAAGAGUUGGUGACAAUUGCAUCAGAACACACUCCAAAAAACAACGACACCUUUGUGGCUGUGUUUUCCCUGCUUUCUGGGCGCAUAUUGCAUAUCUCAGAGCAGGCAGCAUCCAUUCUAAACCAUAAGAAGAAAGUCUUGGAAUCCUCGCGGUUUGUAGAGCUUCUUGCCCCUCAGGAUGCAGGUGUGUUCUACGCACACACUGAUCAGUCUCACUUGCCACUUUGGUACACAGAAAGUCAAACAGCCUCUCUGUAUGACUAUGCCCAGGUGAAAUCCUUUUUCUGCAGGAUCAGAGGUGGUAAAGAUCAAGAACAAGAAAUGCACUGGUACCCAUUUCGAAUCACCCCAUACUUGGUCCAUGUCUGCACCUCUGUCCAUGUGGAUGCAGAGUCCUGCUGCUUAGCUUUGGCUGAGAAAAUUCACUCUGGAUAUGAAGCUCCUCGAAUUCCUAUGGAUAAAAGAAUCUUCACCACUACUCACACUCCAGGAUGUGUUUUUCUUGAAAUAGAUGACAGAGCAGUGCCUUUGUUGGGUUACUUACCUCAGGAUUUGAUUGGAACAUCCAUACUGAUGUAUUUGCAUCCAGAAGAUCGUCCUUUAAUGAUUACUAUUCACCGUAAAAUCCUGAAAUUUGCUGGCCAGCCUCCUUUUGAGUACUUACCCAUUAGGUUUUGCACUCAAAAUGGGGAUUAUGUCAUCCUGGAUACCAGCUGGUCCAGUUUUGUGAAUCCGUGGAGCAGGAAAGUAGCAUUCAUCAUUGGCCGACACAAAGUCCGAACAAGCCCUCUGAAUGAAGAUGUCUUUGCUACAAGAAGUCAAGAAACUUGCAAUGUUGAGAAAGAGAUAAAAGAAUUGCAAGGACAAAUCUACAAGCUGCUUUUGCAGCCAGUUCAUAGCAACGUUUCCAGUGGUUAUGGUAGCCUUGGUAGCAGUGGUUCUUAUGAGCACUAUAUCAGUGUAGCAUCUUCAAGCGACUCCAAUGGAAAUUGUGCAGAGGAAACACAAGAACCAGUGACUUUGCAGCAGGUGUGUGCAGAUGUCAACCGGAUAAAGAAUCUGGGACAGCAGCUGUAUAUUGCAUCAAGGAGCAAGCCACAGGAUGGAAAUGAACAGCCUAUGGGUUCAGAAGUGCUAGAAGGGAAGAGGCACAGUGCUUCUUGUUUUCUCCCGACCUUGAGAAGCGAUAGCACAGAAGAACUGGGCAAUGCACUUUAUGAUGAUUCAAAGAAGACUCCACACGUUCCUUCCUAUCAGCAGAUUAAUUGUGUUGAUAGUAUCAUCAGAUAUCUAGAGAGCUGCAGUGUUCCACUAUUGAAAAGGAAAUCUAAAUCUUCUACAAACACAUCAUCGUCAUCUUCAGAUGGUGACAAGAAAAACCAGCAAAGACUGCAGGAGAUCAGGGCAUUGGGAGAUGCUGCUGUUAUAUCAUCAAUUAAUUCCCAAACUCCAGUAUUUGCUGAUCAGGAAGAGAUGCUGAAAAAGCAGACAAAUAAAGGCAUUGUGGGAGCUCCUCUGCCAGACCUGAGCCUGUCCAACAAGUCUCUGAGUGUGGUAUCUGCCACUAGCCAGUGCAGUUACAGCAGCACUAUCGUGCACGUCCCACACCCUGAAUCAGAAGUGACUACAAUGGAGAAUACUCUUGUUGGAAACAAACACAUCGAGCUGCCUCCUCUGAAUGCUCAGAAUCCUGUUACAGUGGCUGAGGAGUUAAAGCCAGUUGGGUUAACAAAAGAGGCUUUGUCAGUCCACACUCAAAAGGAAGAGCAAAACUACGUUGACAGGUUCCGCAGGAGGAUCUUGCUCUCUCCAUUUAGGACUUACCUUCAGUGGGAUAGCAGAAAUAACAAUGAGCAUUCCUAUGACCAAGGAAAUUCUCCUUCUAAAGAGGUGACUCCAACCAGCUGUAAAAAUGGCAAAAAAGGAAAAUUUAAGCACCGGAAACCUCAGAGACAGUCCUCAGAUAGACGAUCUUGUAGUAAAAAUAGAAAUAGUCUUCCGUGUGAGAAGAGAAGAAUUCAGAAACAGUCACAUUCUCCCUCAGAAAUGUCCUGUUUAAAGUCCUCCAGUACGAAUUUCUUUCCUCCUGUGGGAUUUCCUGUCUGUUCAGAUGCACUGUCUAGUUUUCCAGCCUCUUCUAUAAGAGAGGAACUUGCUAUUUACUCAACAAAACCUGAGCCCACAUCAUUGUCACAGCUGUGCUGUGGAGCACCAUCAUUUCCAGCGCUUUCUCCCCCAAACAUAGGGAUGUUUAUGGCUGUAUUUUUUCCCAAUUUCCCCAUAUAUACUCAAGUGCCUCAAUAUGCCUUUCUUCCUAGCCCUCAGAAUGUUUAUCUCCCUUCUUCAUAUCCAUGCACUACUCUACCUCCUGCCCCUCCUCCUUCAGCCCAAUCACCAAUAGCCCCAAUCUCUGUGGAUCAGUCCUGUCCAGCCUCUUCUGCCGCAUCCACUGAGGAACAGCUGGAGGGACAGCAUGGCUGGGCCUUACAGCUGAGUAGCUCACGGAGCAGCUCCCCACUUCAACUGAAUUUGCUUCAAGAAGAGCUGCCAGAAUCUGUGGAGCCUUCAGUUAAUACUGAUGUUAAAGCAUGUGCAGAAGCUAAAUGUGACAAUAGUCGGGAAGAUAGUGGUAACAGUGCUAGUAGCCAUUGUGCUUCAUGUGAAUUUACUGACCGGUUGCUGCAUGAGGACUCCCAGUCAGGCGCAGGUUCAGCAGCAUCAGGCAGUGGAUUGGCUUUAUCUAGUUCUUUAGGCUCUCACUCCUGUGAAACUUCUGGUGGUGGCACAGCAGGCAGUAGGAAAAGCAGCAAGUAUUUUGCCAGUAAUGAUUCUUCUGAAACUUCCAAAACAGAGAUUAAUCAAGAAGCAAAAGAAAAACAGACACCUCAUAAAUCUAAACAUGAGUCAGCCUGGGUGACGAUGGAUCGCACACCUGAGCAAGUUCUAAUGACGUACCAAAUGCCUAACAGAAUUAAAGAGGAAGUUUUAAAAGAGGAUAUGGAGAAGCUGAUAGUCAUGCGACAGCAACAGCCUUGGUUUUCAGAUAGGCAAAAGAGGGAGCUUGCGGAAGUGCAUACGUGGCUCCGGAUGCAGACUGUCCCACUACAAAUCAACACUCAAGGAUGUGUUACAUGUGACGUCAGGGAAGCAACUUGUGAGGCUGCAAUGGCUGAUGACAAUAUGGAAAACAAGGGAAAACCGCUUCCAGUCUUGGAACACUGAAGACAUCCGUGCCUGUGACAGUAAAACUGAUUGGAGUAAUUCCCAUUCCCUUUUCCUUUGGCUUUGCAAGAUGCUAGCAGCAAAUCUCUCCAGCUGUUUUCUCCCACCAUGGGCAAUGAUACGUGAAACCAAACAUUUCUCCGUUAUUCCCUUUGCUCCUGGUAGGAUUUUGAAGACAAUCUUUCACUGGGAGGUUGUUUGUGAUGCCAAGAAGGAAAACUUGACAAGAAUGAAUGGUUAUGAGUGGAUUGUUUCUAACUUCUGAUUGCUCAGGGAUGAGCAAAAUAUAAAGAUUUUUUUUUGUUUUGUGGUGGUGUUGUACUGUUCUUUUUGUUUGUUUUCUUUUUUUAACUGAACAGGUAAGAGUUUGAAAAGAUGCAGUUGUUAUGAGCUUACAUUGGUACAGCCCUGUUUGUUGUCUGUUGAGGUAGAUGUAUUAGUACCAGUGAAUCUGAGCUACAUCGGAACAUCCUGCAAUUUUGUUUAUUCAGUCUGCAAAGAUCUAAACUAGAGUUUCUAAAGAUGUUUUGAGGCUUUAAGUUCUACAGAAUGCCAUAGCCUUUUAAAGAGUGACUGAAAACUGGGUAAGUUAUUAGGCAUCAAAAUGCCUUUCUCCAGCUUGUGUCCAUCAAAAAAGUCCAAUAAACGGAAGUGAAAAAGAGCAAAGCUAUUCCUUAUGCUUAUCACAAGUAUUUUUUGAAUGUUGUUGUUCAGUUUUUUUAUGUGGUGUAACUCAUCUGCUAUGUGAAAGGCUUUCAGUUUCAUUACUAAUGAGCUACUUGUUGAGUAAGUGAAAUAAUACUAUGACUUCAGAUAACUGAAAUAAAUUUAGAUUUAUCUGUAGGCUUUUCCUAUCUUUCUAAUCAAUUCAGUGGAAGUCUUUGUCACUAAAGCUUAUUUCAUGGAAUGUUAUUUUUACUGUAUUUUAAGUGUUCAAGACUAUUUCAUCUCAGGCAGUGUUUGUUGGUUUCUGGUUUUUUUUUUUUUUUUUCCUGUAUUUCUGCUCAUUUUGUUUAUAUGUAUUGCUUUCUGUUUGUUCUUAAGCUGCGCUUCUUUGUCUUUCAUCUUGAGCUUUUCUUUCUUAACUGUGGUAAAUUGGCAAAGAUUAACACAUUCUCAGUAUCUCAUGUGCUUGAUGUUUAAAUGCUUUUUAAAAUAAGAAUCCUCAAUAGAUGUUUACAUAUAGAAAGUUAUACACUUGUAGAAAAGUCCCUGACUUACACAGUAAGUGUGGUACCUCACCCACAUUUUUACUUUUAGCACUUUCCAAACAUGGAAUGCAGUUUUAUAACCUGACUGCCUAAAACAUUUGCUCUGAAACGUGUAGCAAGAUGUUUUUUAUAUAGGUUCUUUCCCUAGCAGGGAAGGUUCUUAACUAACUUAUUAAUGUAAUUGAAUCAGUUCUGGUUAGCUGUACUUAAAUUCACUGCUUUAAUAUGGUUUGAGGCUUAGUGAAAUAAUCUGUUUCACAUAGUGAAAUGAGUAUUCCAAAUAAGGGCAUUUACGUCCUUCAGGAGAGUUUAACUUCUAAUUAGAAGGAAAGUGAGAUUACUUAUAAUGCUAAGACAUCUGCUUUAUAGAAGACUUAGUCCUAAGUUAUCAUUAUCUGAAACUAAUAACUUGAAUAAUCCCUUUAAUUCAUAGGUCUGGGAAUGUGUUCUUAACCCUCUUGUAUAAAGAGAGGCAGAGGCAGGAAGAACUUGCACAGGUGCACAGCCCCAGUUCAUACCAAACAUAGGGGUGUAAUCAGGGAUCUUUGUUCACUCUGUCCAUUGCUGUCUUUGCUAUAAAUGGUCAAGAUUCUCACCUGUACAUACAAACUGUUAUUAUGCUGUUUCUUCUUGGAGAAUGUUAACCCUUCUUGUGCUAACUACUGCAUGAACCUGUGCUCAGUAGAUGUACAUAGAAGCAGAAAUCCUGGACAGUUUUUACAGUGGUGUGACCACUGUACUUCACCAUCAUCGCAUGCAGUGCAGGAGCAUGAGCCUUGGAGUUUAAAUACAAAGCACAUAAUCCUGGCUCAGGCUUAGGUGCAAGAUUCUUUAAGAGAAACCAAAUGGUGAAUCAGUGCCCUGUGUGAUAAUGACACUAAAUUGUUUGCUCAGGAACACAAACAGUCUUAUCUGCAAAACUGGAUUUAAGACAAAAAAUAGUUUUCCAAGCUAUUCUUUAUCCCACUGAAACAGGAACAUCUGGCAACAAAAUGCUUUAUCAGGCUUCUUAGGAAGGACCUCAUUUCUGUGAGUUUUUAGGAACUGAUGGCUUUUACCUUAGCUUAUAUCAGUUUUUCACUCUUCAUAGGCUCCUGAAGUAGUCACAGUGAAAUACAGUUUUGAUCUGAAAGAGUGAUGGAGUAAAUACUGCAGCCAGAUGUGCACACUGUUUUGUGUGACUUUGUUUUGAUUGAUAGAGUUAAAAUACUGGAGACAGCUUAAAGCUUCUCAAAGUUUUAGUUUUUAGUCACCAAAUGGGAUAAAUUCAAGUACAGCAAUGUCAUAGUUCUGCCCCCUGUGGGGGUUUCAGCAGUUUGGAUUAAGCAGGCUGUGUUUUUUUCCUGUUCAAAAAUAGUUUUAUGUUUAAAAUAGGUUAAUCACUGUCCAGAUGCGUCGUGGCAUUGGUAUGAACAGAAGGGGGACCUCAGUGUAUUUUUGCAGCAUGUGAUGGAUGUGUUGGGGAGUUUAUCCUCCAGCUGAAUCAAUUUUAAAUCACAAUUGAAUGAAUAUUUGCAUUAAUUGAUAGGAAUAUUUCACUGGAGUAUUAUUCAGUUGCGGUUUAAUUUGCAGUUGUGAUUUUUCACUAUACGACCUGAAGGGGCACCUGUUUUUAUAAAUAAAACAAAAAAAACAUCAUCCCAAGAACUUUUUGAAGCAUG